UCAUGGGUCAGAUCUCCUCUUUGCUGCUAUGAGUCCUCAUGCCUGGAUCUUUGGUGUCCUUCUCUGCAUCCUCACUUGUGCAUGGAGCAAGAGUGCAUACAAAGGGUCUGACCUGAGCCGAAAGCGGAGGCUCGUAGAAGAUGCAGCCAAUGGGACCCCUAGGAAGUGCUCUUAUACAUUCUUGGUCCCAGAGCAGAAGAUCACGGGGCCGAUCUGUGCCAGCCAGGGCCCUUCUCUGACAGAUAAAGAGCGUGUGACGCAGUCGGACAUAGCUGACGUCCGGGAGCUCCUGAGCAAGCAGAGACGUGAAACGGACACGCUCCGGAUGAUUGUGGACGUGGAUGGAAACAUGGUCAAUGAAAUGAAACUUUUACGCAAAGAGUCACGCAACAUGAACUCCCGCGUCACCCAGCUGUACAUGCAGCUGCUGCACGAAAUCAUUCGCAAGCGUGAUAAUUCACUGGAGCUGGCGCAGCUGGAGGCACGGAUCCUCAACAGCACGGCCGAGGCACUGAGGCUGUCCGCUCUCUACAGGGAGCUGGAGGUGCGCUUCUCCUCGCUGGCCGCGCUGGUCAAUAACCAGUCGCUGCUGAUCGGGGCUCUGGAGGAGCAAUGCCUGCAGGUGUACGGGAAUCACAGACGAGAGCCGCUGCCUCCUCCUCUCGUGCAGGUCGUGCCUGAGAACCUCCCUGUGUACGUGCCUAGCUUCUCCAAUGAGAUCCCGAGGAGUCACGGCUGGCCCGUUCCAGAGGACAGGAGUCCCAGGACGGCUCCAUCACCCACAGGAGGCUCGCUGGACCUGAAACACCCUCCUCAGGGGAACGUCAGUCUGGAGGGUCCCUUUCGGGACUGUCUUCAGGUGAUGCAGGCUGGUCACUCCACCAGCGGGACGUAUCUUCUGAAGCCGGAUGGGACGGAGACGCCUGUACAGGCCUGGUGUGAGCAUGACGUGGACAGAGGUGGCUGGACGCUUAUCCAGAGGAGGAAAGAUGGAUCCGUCAACUUCUUCAGGAACUGGGACAGCUAUAAGAAAGGCUUUGGUGAUGUGGACGGGGAACACUGGCUGGGUCUGGAAACCAUCUAUAACCUGGGCAAACAGGAAGACUACAAGCUGCUGGUGGAGCUGGAGGACUGGAUGGGGAAGAAGGUUUACGCGGCCUACAGCAGCUUCCACCUGGAGCCCGAGAGCCAGUCGUACCGUCUGCGUCUGGGAACCUAUCAGGGCAACGCUGGAGAUUCACUGAGCAGCCACAACGGCAAACAGUUCACCACGCUGGACCACGACAACGACGCCUUCUCAGGUAACUGUGCUCAUUUCCACAAGGCUGGCUGGUGGUACAGCGCCUGCGGUCAGGCCAAUCUGAACGGUGUGUGGUACUCCGGAGGAGUCUAUCGCAGCCGCUUCCAGGACGGCAUCUUCUGGGCCGAUUAUGGAGGGGGGUUUUACUCCAUGAAGUCUGUGCGGAUGAUGAUCAGACCCAUCGACUGAAGCCUGGCGGACAAAUGAACGUGAAUCAUCGCCAUUUUGGAAUAAAAUUGUAUUUCAGUC